AUGUCGACAAAUGAGGACCAGCCGACCAUAUUCAAGAAGGUGAUGUAUGUCCCUUAUGAAUUAGCCUGCUGCAAAGGUUACACCAACCUCAAGGAAUUGGAAACCUGGCUGGAGACGAAAUAUGGCAAAGGACGCUUCGCCUUAGUGAAAGAGGACACAAGAUACGUGAUCACGGCACCGGAGGAGUUUGAGCUUCCUGACAACCCAGACAAGCGGAUCACCACCUGUGAGACCCGGAUCCCCUGCGGAAAAAUCUGGUGGAAAGGCUGGACUGAUUCCAAGCAAUUGAGAGACUGGUUGGAGGACAUGUAUGGCAAAGGAAACGCAUACGUGGAGAUGCGUCACAAUGAGUACGUCUUCACGGCACCGGUGAAGGUGCAACUUGCAAAGGUUACCAACCCAGGAGGAUCAUGA